AUUUACAAUAGCAAAGCAGUGAAGUAAUUUCUUUCAAUCGCCAUAGUUUGAAAAUAAUUGUUUUUUUGGAAGUGUAUCAACGGCGUCAUUUACGCGCGUUUUAGUAAUUUUAAUUACGUAGUUUUAAUCAUAAAUCGAUAAAAUGUCUAAUGUCUCCACGAAAAAGGUCUUCAUUCAAAUUGAAUCGGCAGCCGAACAACAGGAGAAUUUGAAGAAUCAGCGCAAGACGUUUAAGGUGUUGCAACCGGGUGGGAUCGCCACUGACAAAGAAAACUUGGCUGGGCGCCCACAAAUUGACAAACUGAGUCGCCUCAAAGCUGCUACUGAGGCCACAUUGGCUUCCACCGAUUUAGCGAAGCGUAAGAAGGUAGAGACACGUGUGUCGGAAACACAAACAAGUCCUCAGAAAAAGGUAGGCGGCGUAGAGAAGACUACAAUAACAGCCGAAGAUCUUACCAGUGAAGAGAGCCCGGGUGAACUAUAUUGGGAGCAUUUAGCUGAGAAGCGACGUGUGGCUCUAGAUGAAACGCUUUCAGAAAAUAAACGCUUGCACGAACGAAUUGAAGGCUUGGAGGCUGAGUUAGAUACGUCGCGCCAAAUGUUAAGCGAGGCACGUAAUUUGGUGGAAGUAUUAACAGAGAUGUUAAAUGAAAAUGAGGCUGAACGUGAGAUUGAAAGUGAUGGUGGAGUAACGGGUGGAGAAGAACAGGAGGAGGCUGCUGGCAAUAUACUGGAUGACGAUGACAACAGCAUUUUAACCAAAUCAAGUACUGCACCACCAUUACCUGAAGAAGAGCAAAAGGGAUUGGAACACGUCCGUCGGGCUUAAAUUUAGAAAUUGCCGGAGAAUGCUGAAUGCUUAACUCCACGAUGUUAGUAAAAUUGGAGUCGACUCAUCAAAUCCUUUUUAGCUUUUUAUUAUUAUAUAAUUACCUUAAAUACGCUAGUUUAUUUAAACAUUUUCGUAUUAAUACAAUAUUUGUACCCGACAAGACGCUCUAUAAGAAAGCGACGGGAGGGCUGCUGCUCAUUACCGGGGCUCCAGUGUACUAAAAAAUAGUCAACUCUCACAUUUACUGAAAUUUUUUUUUUGUUCUUAACAAAAUGUUCAACUGUUUAAAACUAGAUUUUUAAUUUUAUACGUGUUAUUUUCGGAUUUGAAAAUUGUUUCAUAUUCUAUGCGUGUUUCUAACUAGCAGUGAGAAAUACAAGCCUAUGUGUAUAUACAUGGUUGUCGAUAACAUCAAAUAUAUAAGUGUUGCAAAAUA